AUGGUACGGAUUGCCGUCCUUUCUAUCUUGGUGGCCGGCGCGACAGGCUUUGUCCAUCCGGGCCUUCUUCAUACCGAGGAUGACUUUACCAGAGUCAAGGAGUAUGUCAAUGAAGGCAAGGAGCCGUGGCUCACGGCUUGGAACCUGCUCACGACAAAUUCACACGCCUCCCCUACGUACGAGCCUCGCGCAGUGGAGACAGUAUACCGCGGCUCCGACGGGGAACACGCAAAGAACUAUCCGCAGUUCGGGUCUUCUGAGUUUGCGGUCGCAGCGACCCGGAUACUAGAUGCCUGGUCGUCAACUAUGAAGGCCAUCGGAGGAAGCAGCGACGGCUUCCUUGCAGCACGUCUCUACGGGUAUCAGUUGGCAAACGCCGGAGAGAUCAUGCGGGAUUACAGCGAAUGA